AUGUCUCAACAACAACAACAACAACAACAAGGAGGUUCAGGCACAAAGGCAGAGGACUAUAAUGAUAGCGCAUUCCAGUAUUGGAUAUUGUUCUCUCUGUUGAUAGUGUUGCUGCCUAGUACAUUGUGGGCGAAGCGUCAGCUCUUCCCAAAGAAGCCAUGCAAGAAGAUCGAUUGUAGCUGUCCAGGCUGCGAGCGAAAGAUUGGCAUGAGGAUCAAAGAACAACAGCGCGAGAUAAAGUCAGUGUCCAACUACGUGCGCUUCGGUCUGCUCGCACUCCUUUGGCUGGUGUUCUUCAUCGUGCUGUUCAAGGUGGCGGGUGGCGGCAUCGCCGAGCACGAGCCAUACAACCCAUACUCGGUGCUCGGUCUGCAGACGGGCGCUACCGAGGAGGAGAUCAAGAAGACGUACAGGAAGCUCAGUUUGCUGCAUCAUCCGGACAAGGCCGUGAACAAGGCUGAGUCUGAGGAGAAGUUCAUUGCCAUCGCCAAGGCGUACACAGCGCUCACCGACCCUGCCAUCCGCGAGAAGUGGGAGAUGUACGGCAAUCCAGACGGCCCACAGCCAAUCUCGGUCGGCAUUGCACUUCCCUCGUGGUUGGUCGACAAGAACAACUCAUCGAUCGUGCUGGCUAUCUAUCUUAUCGCCUUGGUCGUGCUGGUACCCUCAGGAGUGUACUUCUGGCGCAAGAGUGCCAAGAAACUCUCGUCAGGUGUUGUCUCAGAGAACUCAAUGGGACUGUACUAUCACGUGAUCAGCGACAAGACAUUGUUAAAGUCUUUAAUCGAGAUCAUUGGCGCGUCAGCAGAGUUCAAGGAAUCGCUUCCAGAGAGGACCACGGACGAGGAGGCACUCAAGGCGCUGCACAAGUACCUGCCUACCGAGCACAAGAUCAAGAAGUUCCGCUUCAACCAACCAUACAUUGUCAAGGCCACCACACUGCUCUACGUUCACAUCUCGCGCGCUCAUCAACAUCUGCCCGAGAACCUGGCACAAGACCUCCAGGAGGUCCUGGGAAAGGUGCGCAUGCUGGUCAACGGUGCCUUCCAAUUAGUCAAGGAGAGAAGAAUGAUGGUGCCCAUCAUCGAGCUCACCAGGCUCAUUCAAUGCAUCACUCAGAGCGCAUGGGAGGAGCAAACCCUCAAGCAAGUGCCCUAUCUCGACUCCUUUGCCAUCAACUCACUCCAUUUCCGCAAGGUUCACGACAUUGCCAAGUUCAAGAGAUUGGAACCAGAGACACGUAAGGAGUACUUGCAGGAUUCGUACACAGCAGCUCAGUUGCAGGACAUUGAGAAUGUGUUGGAGAAGAUACCAACAGAGGUGGGCAUCAAGUAUCAGGUGAUCACAGAGAAGGACGGUAUCAUCUAUACAACAUCCGUCUGCACAUUGGAGGUGGAGUUCAUUGACAAGACACCAAAGAAGAAGACUAAGCAACAGCAGGCGGCCGACGAGUCGUCAGCUAGUGCUGGUGCCAAGUCCCCCUCGACAGAGGAGACAGCAGAGGAUGGCAAGGGCCAGGAUGCGUCACAGGAGAACACCUCCACCUCGCCCGUGGUAGCAGGUGGACAGAAGAAGCAGAAGGGUAUCUCGAGAAAGAAGGGACAGGCCGCCAAGGAGCGCGAGGAAAAGAAGCUGAUGAAGGAGAAGAAGGAGCGCGAGGAGCAGGAGAAGAAGGAGCGUCGCGAGCAGAGGGCCAUCGAGAGGGAGCGUCGACAGCUGGAGCGCGAUGCCAGACGUCAGGCACAGAAGAACGGCGAAGUCAUCGACGACGAGGACGACGGACUGUCGGACGACGACGAGGAUCUGCGCGACACCGAUUCGGAGCACGAGCUCUCGGACAGCGACUCGGACUGGGAGCCACCCGCCAAGCCAAAGAAGCCCAAGGCCAACGACAACUACUAUCACAGCCCAUUCGUCAAUGACGAUCGCAACAUGUGCUGGUGGAUCAUCUUUGGCGACCGCAUCAAGAACGAGCUGGUGGCCAUUGGCAAGUCAGAGUCGAGCGAGCCUGGCAACACUAUCAAGAUACAGUUCCUGACGCCUCGCGAGCCAGGCCAGUACUCCUACUCGCUGCACCUCAUGUGCGAUGGCUACAUUGGCUGCGACUCACAAUACACUCUCAACCUCGACAUCAAGCAGAAUCCCAAUCCAAUCGAGUUGCCACCAGGUCCUGGUCGUGCGCCCCAGCAGCCUCUCACCAAGAAGGAGUUGAAGGAGCAGAAGAAACAAAAGAAGCUACAAUAA